AUGGAAAGAACCGCAGAAGAAAGGCAUAUGAUAGAAAUUGUCAAGCAGCAACUUUUAGACAAGCUGCACCUGAAAGAAAGACCAAACAUCACUCAGACGGUUCCCCGGGCAGCGCUCCUCACCGCGCUGCGCAAACUGCACUCUGGGAGCGUCCGACAGGAUGGUACUUUGGAACCAGAAAACAGUUUACCCAAAGAUCAAAGCUAUGAAAUUGUGAGCUUUGCAGAUCUAAAUGAGACAGAGAGUGGGGAUGAAGCUAGCCUCAGCCUUGCCUUCCAGUUUCUACAGGAGCAAGGCCAAAAUAUCCAGGUGCUCCAGUCUUCUCUGUGGAUCUAUGUCCGCUCCUCUGAGGACCGCCAUAGAGACUCCCGCCUCUCUGCUCAAGUUUUUCUCUCUGCAGAAGCUGGGGUGCCAGGAGCUAACCGCACCCUGGUGAUGGAAAAGAAGCUGGAGGUCAAGGUGAGUAACUGGCACACCUUCCCCAUCACCCACACCUUGCAGGCCUUUCUGGAAGGGGCCCGGCACAAGCUGCGUUUGGAGGUAAACUGCGAUGAGGAUGGGAAGAACCUUUGCUCCCUGGAUGGCUCUACCGACACCCUCAACCAGCCCUUCCUGGCUGCCCAGCUGCGUCUCCGAGAAGACCGCUCCAAACACUCUCUCAGGAAGCGCUCGGUACGUUGUGGUGAAGAUGUAAGUGUGUGCUGUAAGAGAGAAUUCUACAUCAAUUUUAAAGAUAUCCAGUGGAAUGACUGGAUCAUUGCACCUGAGGGCUACUAUAUGAACUACUGCAUGGGUCAGUGCCUCCAGCAUCUGGCUGGAUCCCCGGGCAUAGCAUCCUCAUUCCAUGCCACUGUCUUCAGCCAGCUGAAAGUCAAUGGCAUUAACGCAGAUGUAUCUUCAUGUUGUGUUCCUACUGAGCGACGGCCACUCUCCAUGGUGUACUUCAACUCCCAGCACAUCAUUGUCCAAACGGACGUCCCUGAUAUGAUAGUGGAUUCCUGUGGAUGUACAUAA